UGUGUGUGUGUGUGUGCGCGUGCGCGCGCGCGCGGACACUCCGGGAGCGCACAGAUCAGAGCUCAGCCCCAUCCAGCCCUGCUCUCUCUGCUUCUCUUUUUCUUCCACACUGGAACAAGUGUCCGCGGCUUUUGUGCGGGAUUCACGGACUCACGGUGCGGGGAGGAUGCACGCACGCACGCACGCGCUCACGCACGCCCGCGCGCGCCUUAACGGAAUAACACGAUCACUGUAACCUUCUCCAGAUUUCAUUGGAUUUGAGGCGAUGACGGAUUCAUUUUGCGCGCACUUCAUAUUGUCGGAGUACAAAUAAAACAAAACGUGUGUGUGUGUGAGAGAGUGUGUGUGUGUGUGUGUACGUGUACGCGCGUGUGGGAAAGUGGAUCAUGCGCUUCACUCCGGCGUCUGUGUGGUUCUGCGCGUUUUCUAACAGAUCUGAGCGCUCAGUGAACAUGAAAAGAGCAGACGGUGUGGAUUAGACCUUUAUUAUUCCCCGGCUUUUUUUUUUUUUUUUUUUUGGACGUCCUCCCUCUCCUUUCUCUCUCCAUGUGGGAUGUAACGGAGCUUCUCCUUGGUGGUUUGGAAUGAAAUGAUGGCGACGCGUCGGGGUGAUGACGGGGAACGUGCAGCCGCAUCGCCAGCGUGUGAGUGUAAGAAGGAUGGCCAUGAUCCGAGUGAGCUGUCCCCCAUGUCCCCCAUGUCCCCCAUGUCCCCGGUGCCCAUGGACCAGCUCUUCUCCUGGCCCGGACCUAAAACCCUGCACCUGCGCCGAACUUCCCAGGGCUUCGGCUUCACGCUGCGCCACUUCAUCGUCUACCCACCUGAGUCUGCCGUACACUCCUCGUUUAAGGAUGAAGACAAUGGAAGUCGAGGGAGACCGCGGUGUCGUCUUGAGCCGAUGGACACUAUCUUUGUGAAGCAGGUGAAGGAGGGAGGCUCCGCCCACCAAGCUGGACUCUGCACAGGUGAUCGUAUAGUGAAGGUGAACGGCGAGAGCAUCAUCGGCAAAACGUAUUCACAAGUCAUUGCUCUCAUACAGAACAGUGACACGUCUCUGGAGCUCUGUGUGAUGCCUAAAGAUGAAGACAUUUUGCAGUUGUUCUCCCGGGACAUCACAGCUCUGGCCUAUUCCAAAGAUGCAUAUCUCAAAGGGAAUGAAGCAUACAGUGGAAAUGCACAGAACAUCCCAGAACCUCCUCCUAUCUGCUACCCACGGAUAGAGCCUAAGACGUCAGGGAUGACACACACUGAUGAGCCUUCUGCUCCCUCAGGUGCUCAUGGAGUGUUGUCCCAGGGGGCGGAGCCAAGCUCUGAUGUGGGCUGUUGUGUGGAAGUCCCUAUUACACAAUUGUCCCCAUCGCCUCCUCGCUCGCAUGACUCCAAACUCCAGACUGUUGCAUGUGUAUAUGAUGAAAGUGUGCGGGGGGCAGCGGCAGAGGUUUCGGAUUCCCUGGAAUGUUCUCCUCACCCGUAUGACACAAACUCUAACCACAGGUUGCAGGAGACAAAAAAAACACCGCUUUGUACCUCAUCCCUUGAAAACCUUUCCUCAGUCCGUCCGAGAUCCCAAACCACACCUUGUUCUUCUUCUGCUAGAGGGACACAGUUGCACUACACACCAAAAAGACUGUCAGAAUCCCCAGGAUUCUCCACACACUUUCCUAUACACACUCCUUUUCACCCUGACUCCACAUCUACGCCAUCCAGUAGACAUGCCAUGAGCCCAUUCACGCCCUCUCCUCCAACUGUUGCAUCAUCUCCCUGCUCCCCAAUGCAUCAGAACAUUGACUGGAGGAAUUACACCACCUACAAGGAGUACAUUGACAACAAGCGCCUCUAUACGUACGGUAGCAGGACAAUCCAGGAAAGACUGGACAGCCUGCGGGCGGCAAGCCAAGCUAGUAACGCAAACACGAGUACAGAGGGCGUGAAUGGAUCCCAGCCAAGGCAGAGGAGCACUUGUCAUGAGCGAGGUCCUGCAAAUUCUGGAGUCCAAUCUCUAUGCAGUGUGUCUCAGGAAAGACUGGAAGUAAAGGAACGAGCAACGUCAAGGGAUUGGCAUCGAAGUGCAUCACAGGAUGCACUUCCUUCAUCCACAAAGAGCACAUACAAACCUCGGGCAAGAUCUUGCGACUACCUGGGCAGACAGGCUGAAAGCAGGGUGUCGUUGAUGGACAGAAGAGUUUAUGGAAGGACAGAGACGGAGGAGAAGGCACUUACUUGCACUGGAGAGGAGACCAGAGGCUGCAGGCAGUCACUCUCAUUAGGCAAAGUGGCACAGACUCAAAGGACCACAGUGGGUGGAUAUGGCAGUUUCCCAGGACUAAAUGCUAAAAGUAAAGGUACAGAUCCACAGAUACUGAGCUCCAGAGUGGAGAGUCUGGGUAACACUGCUGCUUCUAAGACACGGCUCCCCAUUCAGACCUCUGUAUUGGACGGCUCCUACGUAGCCAAGGCUCUUGCUUCUUUAAACACAGCCGCAGUGACCACGAAAAACCAAAGAACCGCCCUUGUGCCAAAUCACAUGUCUCCCGGACGGCAAACUGAGAGCCAUCGGGAUCCCAUUGGUUCCAUUCCUUGCCCUGACCAAUCCAAAGGUCAAAGGACACAGCAGGAUGGGUCAGUAGCCACUAAUGGCUCAAUUGUGGAAGGUCUUGAAGGUGCAGAGGCCACAGUGGUGGUGGUGAGGAGGGAGAAAACAAAAAAAUCAGGCCCAUUACCUCUCAGACACCCGUCCUACAUCCAGGCUGUGAAUGACGGAGCAGAUAGAGUGGAGAAAAUCACAAAGACACCAAAGUGCUGGAGGUCCAACGAUGCUGUGCAAGACGGGUACAAACAAUUGCUCGGAGAGGAAUACAAACCCUCAGGAUCCGGCCAACUGCAUGAGUCACUCGACUCUAUCCCCUUCAUUGAUGAACCGUCCAGCCCCAGUACUGACCUCGAUGACCCACAAUUCCCUGUUUGCACCAUCGUCUCUGCUGUUCCGCCGAGCCCCACCUCCUCCUCCGCCGUCUUUCACCGCCAGCUCUCUCAUGACCAAGACUCGUUGCGGCUCACAGUUCUGGAUUCAGAUUCCGCUGCUAAAACAGAGCGCUCCAAGUCUUACGACGAAGGACUGGACAACUACAGGGACGAAGAACGCGGGAAACUGAUAACGCACAUCGGUCUGAGAGGUCUUAGGAAGACUGUGGAUCGGUCCUCAGAAGAUUCUGGCUCCAGGAGAAACUCUUUGUCAGAUGUCUUUGUUAACGCUACUAAGGAGGGAGUCCUGCACUUCCGCCAGUUCAGUUCAGACAAGGGCAAGCGUGUAGGCGGCGGCAUGCGGCCGUGGAAGCAGAUGUACGCUGUGCUCCGUGGCCACUCCCUCUAUCUGUACAAGGACAAGAAGGAGGGGCAAACGCCAAACUCGCACACGGAGGAGGAGCCUUUGUCGAUCAGCAUUAAAGCCUGUUUGAUUGACAUCUCCUACAGCGACACGAAGCGGAAGAACGUCCUGAGGCUGACCACGUCGGACUGCGAGUACCUGUUCCAGGCCGAGGACAGAGAGGACAUGCUGGCCUGGAUACGAGCUAUUCAGGAGAACAGCAACCUGGAUGAGGAGAACGCACUGAUUACAAGCACAGACCUCAUCAAUCGCAAAAUCAAGGAGUACAACACUCUGAUGAGUCCACCCGGCAGUAAGAACGAGCCGUCCCCGAGGUCCUCUCGUCAGUCUCUGAGUAUCAGACACACUCUGCUGGGGGGGAACAAAACGCCGAGCCCUCACUCGCCCCACAAGGAGCAGGAGAGGAAAAUCCUCCACAGAGAUGAAGCGAGUCCACCGAAGGAUAAGGGACUGCGGAGGAAAGGGAUCCCGGGGCUGAUGAGGAAGCCGUUUGAGAAGAAAGUUGCUCCUGGAGUCACAUUUGGCGUGAGAUUGGACGACUGUCCUCCUGCUCACACUAACAGAUUUGUGCCCCUGAUCGUAGAGGUGUGCUGUAAGCUGGUGGAGGAGAGGGGUCUGGAGUACACGGGGAUUUACCGAGUGCCGGGGAACAACGCUGCCAUCUCCAGCAUGCAGGAGGAACUGAACAGAGGAGUGGGAGAGAUCGACAUUCAGGAGGACAAAUGGAAGGACCUCAAUGUGAUCAGCAGUUUAUUAAAAUCUUUCUUCCGGAAGCUUCCUGAUCCUCUCUUCACCAACGAGAAAUACGGAGACUUCAUUGAUGCGAACAGAACAGAGGAUCCAGUGGAGAGGCUAAAAAUACUGAAGAGGCUGCUUCACGAGUUGCCAGAUCAUCACUACGAGACGCUGAAAUUCCUCUCAGCUCACCUGAAAACUGUGGCUGAAAACUCCGAGAAGAACAAGAUGGAGCCACGGAACCUGGCCAUCGUGUUCGGCCCCACGCUGGUGCGCACAUCUGAGGACAACAUGACACACAUGGUCACACACAUGCCUGAUCAAUACAAGAUUGUGGAGACACUUAUUCAACACUACGACUGGUUCUUCACUGACGAGGGAGAAGAGGAACCGGAGACGGUGGUCCAGACGGAGAGCGCAGUGGAGACGCAGCCCGUUCCCAACAUCGACCACUUGCUCACCAACAUCGGCCGCACUGGCGUCUCUCCGGGAGAAGUGUCAGAUUCACCCACUAGUGAUUCUGCCAAAUCGAAGGGUUCGUGGGGGUCUGGGAAGGACCAGUACAGCCGAGAACUGGUCUCCUCCAUCUUUGCUGCAGCUAACCGCAAACGCAAGAAGCCCAAAGAGAAGGUGCAUGCCAGCAGCUCUGAUGAUGACCUGGAUGCUGUUUUUCUUGAGAGUGAGCUGCAGAACCAGAAACUAAUAGCAGGAGACUCACAUGGUGGGAAAGAACAUGAAAAAAUACCCAAGGGGCGCAAAGAGCACAGGAACUCGUUCUUUUUGAAGAAACCGUCUCCUACUAAGAUCUCUGAAACCCAAAAAUAUGCUACACUGCCCAGUCUCCGCCUCCGAACGCCAGCUCCUUCCAAAAGCUCCACACCUGAAUCACCUUCUCAGGUGGAGGACCUUGGCAUCAUGAACCCAGGAACAUCCGGAUCCAGGAAUCGGUUGAGAAUUUGGGACACAGUAGCUCCAGCUGCCACAGACCUACCUCCAACCGGUCCUGUCGGAGGAUCAGCCAUGGCAGAAGUGAGCUCCAUCACUUCGGAUUACUCGACUACCUCCUCCAUGACGUUCCUGACGGGGGCGGAGUCAAGCGUGCUCAGUGCAGAUUUGCAGAGCCGGGGUGGAGACGAGGCCGAUGACGAGCGCAGUGAGCUGAUCAGCGAGGGACGACACAUGGAGACAGACAGUGAGACGGAGUUUCCUGUUUUUAUCAGAGGCGCCACGACUCCUGUUACCCCAUCCAAGAUCGUCCCUAGAAGUUCAGAGUGUACUAAUGUUCAAAAGCCUUUAAACCGCUACAUCCUGCCGUCACAAAGGCUGACUGCAUUCAAUACGUUGUCCAAGAGGCUGUCCUUGCACCAGAAGACAGACAGCGAAUCGUCAUUAGAAGUUGGAGCCAACCGAGAGGGUGAGAGGAUGAGCCGAAGCGAACCGAGCCGUCUAUCUCGCGUUCUGGAAGCAGUGAAAAAAGGGCGCUCUGUGGGAAGCCUUAGCUCCGCCUCUUCCUCCUCCCAUGGCCAGACAGAACCAACAAAGCGCUUGAGUAUCACCGAGAGGUUGAAGUCCCACUUCCGCUUGUCUGCAGACGAUAUGUUUGGGAUUGGAGGGCACAAAAAUAGCAGGAAGAAAGAGAAAAGAGUCCGUCGGAGACACACUGUGGGUGGGCAGCGAGACUUUGGAGAACUUGCAGUCAUUAAUGACUGGCGUGAACAGGGUGGUGCCGAGAAGGGGGCGGAGCUUUCAGACACGGACCGGCUCAAACUUCAAACCUCGAGAGAGAUUUCCAUUCGGGACUGGAUCACCCGCGAGCGCUGGCAUCCUGGGACUUCACGGGCUGGUUCACCGGGGUCAAAGGUCAUGAAGGGGACUGGCGAGGGUUCGAGUCGUCCUGCUUCUGUGCCAAGCUGCCAAUCCACUGUGGAUCGGUUGAAUGGGGGGGAACCAAAGUGCAAAGGCAAAGCCAACCUGAACUCGGGUUCCGAUGCUCACCCACAUAAACUUUCCGGGGCUCAAGUUGUGCGCUCGCAGUUCUACCAAUGUUUAUAAAAAUGUCUGCAUAUAUGUGUGUGUGUGUGUGUGUGUGUGUGUGGAUGUAUGAAACAAAUGUGAGUGAAUGAAAGAAUUAAUUAAUUAAUGUUCAUAGAGGUACUGCACAAUAUUUUUUAUCCUUUUAAUCCCUUCUCCUCUUUUUAACAAAGUAUAUAUAUAUAUAUAAAUAUAAAUAUAUAUAAAUAUAAAUUGUAUAUAUCUAUGUGUGUAUAGGCUCAUAAGAGGACUAACUGGAGUAAAAUGUAUCAGAUUUGAAUUGUAAUCUCAAUUUUAUGGAUCAAAGUUGUUAAAUUUUCCCUCCUGUAGUGGAUUUGCCAAGACACAUUUGGUGUCAGAUGUUUGGUGACGGUGUCGCAGUGGUGCUAAUGUAGCUUACAAGUAAGAGAAGUCUCUCAUAAAUCCCCAGGUAAUAAAGUAAUUUUAUACAGACUGAGUGCAAGCCCCUGUAAAGAUUAUGCCAUGUUUUACCUUCUAUAAAAUGAGCAGUAGAAAUAACCCCAGGUGAUAUAUAUCCUGUCUGAAUUGGCACGUUGGUAAAAACUGCAUUCUAUCCAGUGGGAAAAGAGGUUUUGCACUUUUUCUUUAGUAUAAACUCACUCCAGGAAGUGCUUGCUCUUUUAUCCCACUGAAACUAAAAUAAAACCGAGUUUAAAACACAUAACAGAAAAAUAUUGAGGUGUCAAAAGGACGUGUCAGAGAAGCAAUGUUUCCGGGGGUUUUAGGUAAACUACCAAGUUCCUAACAUGGGUACAGCAUGCAUACGCUAUGGUCACGUGAUCAAAUGCAACAAGCACUUAUAGUACACAUGGAAUAUUUAGUGUGACGAGAAAUCACGUAUCCCGUGUGAACGUCCUCCAGCAGCAACACUGAACAGGCAAAUGUCGGGAAAUGUAAUCCCAUCUGAAUAGUACUUAAGAAAAAUUCUGAUUGUCCGUGAUGGCGGCCCCCGCAAUAUUCCAGUGUUCAGCUACAUGCUGAAGUUUAGUUCAUGUUUCUAGAUGACAGUAGUCCUACUGUGUCCUAACCCACAUCAGCACAUCUGUAGAUACAACGUGGAGAAGAUUUUGGUUGAGAUAAACUUCCAUGACUUGUUGGCUACAUUUCCCAUGACACUCCAGUGCAAAAACUAAAGACGCAAAUGUCUCACAAGCACGUCUGGGUUGAUCGACUACAUUUGUGGUAAAGGUGAAAUGGUUUACAUUUGAUUUUUUUUUUGCUGAAAUUUUAGAAGACAGUACUGGAAAGGAUGUUGUGGUUAAGGUCUUCUCCUGAAACCCCAGUAAUAUGAAGUCUUUAGACGAUAUAAAGAACAUACAAUACAACCAAUGUUGUAUAUCUUACCACCAGAUUUCCUGAUUGUAAGACUUGUUUUUUAGCCCUCUAGCAUGUGCAAAGCAUGUUCUUGUGCCCAUUUGUUAGUGUGUUUAUGGUAGGAGUGCUACUCCAGCAAUUACGGUGAGGUUACAUGAAGAUGCACCACUGUUAGCGUAGAAAAUCCCAUAGCCACUCUGGAAAAAAUGAGCAAAUGAGCAUUUUGGUAAGGGUAAGGACUACAGAAGGAAACAACACAGCACUAAAUUAUGACAACACUAACCCUACGUUCACACUAGCAAGUAUCGAGUCACUUGUGUAACUUGUAGUUUGUCGCUUGUGGGCGUUGCCUGUCCAGCAUUUUUUUUUCCUAGUUGUGCGAAAUGUUUGUAGCUAUACAUAGCUUCUACAGCUGAAUAGUUACACACAAAUUAAAUAAUGUGUUAAUCAGUGUGAAAAUCCGUUUACAUAAUGGUACAUGCUUAGCUUUGUACUAGCGUCCUUAGCAGAUUAGAUUAGCAAAGCGAGCUAACUAUACAAGCUAUGUACACUCUAUAAACAUUUAAUGAGAGGUCAUAUAUGACAGGACAAAAUGGAACCAUGGUUAUAAGGUUUUCUUCCUUUUUUGUGCAUCAGACAGUAAGCAGGAACUCAUUGCAGGUAGGAAGUAAAGUCGUUAGCUGGGACCUGAAGAAACGUCAUGGAGGAAUCAUUCGAGCCAGCCAUUUUGAUCUGCUGCUUUACAGCGUCACACAUAAUUUGCGUAGAAUUGAGAAAAUCCAUGUUCAACUCUCUGUGAAAUCGUCGCUCUGUGUCGCUUGACGCUUGCUAGUGUGAACGUAGGGUGAUGGGAUAAACACUAAACUAGAUUACAAUAGUGGGAGUGUUUAAAGGACAAACAUUAAUGUGAAAAAAGCCUUCCUUGAGAUUUUUUAUAUUAUUCUGAAGGUGAAGUCCACGUCAGGAAUUGUUUUCUGUGCUGUGUGCUGUGGAAAGCUCUUUUUUUUUUUACAGUGCAAUGAAGCAGCCAGGCGUCACGAAGCGUCGAAGCGAGAAUGAAGUCAAUUUAUAUUUCUAUAUAUAGGAAUAUAAAAAAGACAGAGCCUUUAUACUGGUACUACAGGAAGUGCUAAGCAUUAAAGUCACACAAAGUCAUGUCUGUCUGUAAUGAAGUGCCUCGUACAGCUAAUCUCUGGUACAGGAACUUUUUUCUUUUAAAGAACUGUUGCUCUUGUCUAAUGUUGCAAAUUUUUAUCACCAACUCCAAAUGUGAUCUAGAUUUUUGUACGAAACAAUGUGACCGCAAACCAGUGCUUCCAGUCUUAUCUCAUCUUUCAUUUUGUUACUGGUCCAUGAUAUAUUUUUACAUGCACAUGUUGAUAUAUUGAGAUGGUAAUGUCUGGGUCCGAGGUUGGACAGACUGAGGAAGUGUGUGUGCAUGACAUAAACUGAUGCAUGUGUGAUGACCAAAAUGCUACACAAAAAAGAGAGAAGGUUAAAAACACUGGAAAUAAAUUGUCUUUUUGAGA